AGGGGCAGUUUUUGAUUGGGGUGUUACGACGUAUACCGGACUUAAUAUCGACGAAAAGCCUCCAUAGUGGAUUUCCAGUUAUGGAGUUCUCAGUGUAAAACUGAUCUUACUGGUGACUACCCGUGCCACGUCCUAUCGCGAUAACUGCCUGUCUGCGGCACAAUGACCCCAAUAUUCAUCACCAUACGGCAUCUACGACCUAUCCUUACAUUUCCGUGUCAACUUACCUACUAAGUAUACAACACGAAAAUGUCUGAGGCGCAUCUGGAAAUAUACAACCCGACUUACAACAAUGAAGAGAAUAAUUUCCCACUAUUCCCACUACUCCCCACAGAACUUCGUCUGCUAGUAUGGCGACUGUCACUACACCGUCACCGCAUCAUAAGGAUCAAGAUACCAACCCGACCAUGGCAUUCCCAGCCCGAUACGCAAGAGGAAUUCAUCGCCGCCAUGCACAACGAAUUCCCCGUCGUCCCGGGACAUCAGGUCUUAAGCAAACUCCUCCGAGUGAAUAGAGAGUCAAGAGAAGUCGCGCUUCAGUUCUACAGAGUGCACAUGCACUGCAACCUAAAAAUCGGUGAAACCGUCAAAGAUGGAACGCUGAUGUACAACCCGGACUUCGACAUAAUCCACGUCACAUCCGAAGUAGGCACGAACCGGUUCGCCAACCUAAUCCACCACCUCAAGACCAUCGAUCCCGAAGGCGUCGGCAUCAGGAGGUUAGCACUCGGUGCAAACGACGUGGACUGGAUAUGCUGGCGAACCGAUAUCGCGACGAUGGCCACGCCCGUCCGUGAAACGUUCGUGCAGACACUAACGCAACUUGAAAGCGUGUGGUUCGUGCUCACUGGACGCGCGGGACGCAUGUGGGACCCGACGGGCACGGGCACCGCAAGCAUGAUCGGUAAAGUCGAGUUCCACCGCUCCGCGCCCAUCAUGUCGAAGAUCCCGUCCUUCGAUCUCCUCCAGCGCGACCCUCGCCCUAUCGCGGACGACUUGCGCGUCGUCUAUGCUGGCUCCCAGGACUGUCGCAAUAUGCUUGUUCUCUGGAGACAUAUCCUCGAUCGCUGCGGCAUUGUGCAACCGCCGUUAUCGCGAUAUAGCUUCGUGGUCGGGGUCACAAGGGGCUCGUCGAAUAAGGUGCGGGAUCGCGCGCAUGCGGAGAAGUGGUUAUGUGAGGAGGAUGAAGCUUGGUCGGAGGCGCUAAAGGAGGUUGAGGAGAGACAUAUUUCGCCUGGGUCGCUGAUACGCGAGCGCCUGGAGAGGAUUAAGGCGGAUUAUAAUUUGGAGAGGGCGUCGUCGCCGAAGAAUGCGGUUGGGUUUUGGAUUUUUCCGGCGGCGGCUGUGGGGACUGAUGUGGAUGAUGAUGGAAAGUUUGUGAGGUGGGAUCCGGUUUUGGAUAUGUCGGGGCAUUGGCCUGCUCUUGGGCUUUCGUACUUGCCGUAGUUGUGUUUGGCUUCUUGCUGUAACUACCUAGUUGAGGUUAUUAGGUCCUGGAAUACGCCGGUAUAAAUACAGUGCGAAAUGUUGAUAUUUUACAUGGAGAUAAUAGUGUGCACUGUACGGAGUCCAAGACCGCGCCGAUUCAAAGAACGAGAAAACUUUUUCCUUUCGUGGCGAUUACAUC